AUGACGACGCGUGGCGCGGUCGCCUGCCUUUGCAGCGAGGUCCUGAGGGACGAGGAGCUGGGCGGCGCGCCGUUAUUGCUGGACGCCGGCGGCGUCUCCAUGGCCGACAGGGACCCCGCAAAGAUGGCGGCGGAGAGGGCCGCCAAGUUCAUCAUCCGGGGACUGUUGAUCUUACUUUGGUUGUUUUUGUUUGAUUCCAUGAGAGAAUACGCUAUCAACUACACUGGCGGAGACAUACGGUUCAGUACGUUUGCUGCGAUUGUUGUUGCCGUGCCUAUAGCUGAAAUCUUUGGCAUCAUGGGCCAGACCUUGGUAGCGCCAUGGUCACCGCGGCCUCCCAUGGGAUCACCGAUGCCAUUUACCGCAUGCGCCACUGCAAGUGCCAACAGUGAGGUCCUGAAGGAGGCGCCGAUGAUGCCCGCGGACGCCAGGAGAAGAAAGACUGCCACCGAGGCUGCGCUGGACAUGGCUGUCGCGAGGAUCUAUAUAUGCAUCGUCCGGGGACUGUUGGUUUUACUUUGGGUGUAUUUGGUCGAUUUGAUGAGAAGAUAUAUGGCCACCCACGGCACCGAUCUUCAUCUGAGCUCCGCCUACCACCCCAAUCUGAUGGGUAGUCCCAACGUGUCAAUCGGUGCCUGGAGACCUUCCUUUGCUGCUUGGUCCAUGCUUUGCCCGUCCGGUUGGUCUCAAUGGCUCUCAUUGGCUGAGUACGGGUACAACACUAGCUCUCAUUCCACCUUGGGUGGUUCCCCAUUUGAGGUUCUUUAUGGGCUUCCACCGUGCCAUUUGGGCCUCGAUCUUGCGUUGGCUUCCCCUGCUCCAGAGUUGCAGACCUGGCUCGAGGAACACGUAGUGAUGCAUGACUUGGUCCAUCAGCACUUGCUUCGCGCCCAGUCUCUGAUGAAGCGACAGGCGGACAAGGGCCACUCUGAGCGCCACUUUGCAGAGGGUGAUAAACUCCAACCAUAUGUGCAGACUUCAAUUGCUUGUCGCUCUUGUGAGAAGCUAUCCUUCAAGUUCUUUGGCCCUUACCGUGUGAUCGCCCGUGUGGGUUCCGUCACUUACAUGCUAGAUCUUCCAGUGGAGGCUAACAUUCACCUGGUGUUCCAUAUUCCUGAGAAGAUCCUCCAACGCCGCUCCCCGUCAAACAAGGCCUCAUCAAAUGGUCCCAAUGCCAGUGUCGUUGGCCUCUUGGGAAGCUCUGGACCCGCUCCAUCUGCAGUUCCCUUCCCUAGUGCUCCGGCAUGGGGGUGUUGCUGGGGUGCAUCUUUCUUCUGA